AUGAGUAAUAUGGUAAUGGUGGAAGCCAAACCCAGCCUCUUCCAGGUAUCAGUUAUAUGCCAGUUCUAUGCUUUGUUUGUAAUACUCUUUCAGAACUACAGAACUUGUUGGCACUGUGAAAAAAAUGAUGAUAUUUUGAGACCCUCUUUUUGACUGCUUAAGUGUACAUUACUUAUCUACCCUUAUUCAGUCUUUUCUAUUUUCUUUAUUUACAGGUGAACUCUGUGCACAAUAUGAGUCAUUCACGAGGUCUACCUGGGCUCCCACCAUGGCCUACAACAUCUGACAAAGAGCCAUCAGACCUGUAUAAGGUAUGGAUGUUAUAGUGAAAGUGGGCAUUUGUAAUAUAUACACCUAUUUUUUUCCUAUUCACAUGGUCCACUGUGUCAUUAAUUCUUCUGAUAUUAUUUGAGGCCAUUCUACCCGCACAAAGCGUAUUUGAUCUCUAUCAAUUAUAGUUCUUAGAAUUUCCUUCAAUCUCUUCGCCAAUAUCGCAGAGAAAACCUUUACAACCCCGUUUAUCAAUGAAAUAGGUCUGUAAUUUUCUACCCUAGUAGGGUCUUUGUCAUGCUUUACAGUCAGUAAAAUAUUUGCUCUAAGCAUUUCAGAAGGAAAACAACUUGAUAAUACAAUAUGAUUAAAGGUAUCUGCCAAAUGUUCCACAAUAUUUUCCGCAAAUAUUUUAUAAAAUAGAUUUGAAAAACCAUCUCGACCCAGAGGUUUUUUUUUUUUUUAAUUUAAUAUCCCCUCUGGUACCUCCUGGGACGAAAUUGGAUCAUUAAACAUAGAAUGUGACAGCAGAUAAGAACCAUUCGGCCCAUCUAGUCUGCCCAAUUUUCUAAAGACUUUCAUUAGUCCCUGGCCUUAUCUUAUAGUUAGGAUAGCCUUAUGCCUAUCCCAUGCAUGCUUAAACUCCUUUACUGUGUUAACCUCUACCACUUCAGCUGGAAGGCUAUUCCAUGCAUCCACUACCCUCUCAGUAAAGUAAUACUUCCUGAUAUUAUUUUUAAACCUUUGUCCCUCUAAUUUAAGACUAUGUCCUCUUGUUGUGGUAGUUUUUCUUCUUUUAAAUAUAGUCUCCUCCUUUACUGUGUUGAUUCCCUUUAUAUAUUUAAAUGUUUCUAUCAUAUCCCAGCUGUCUCGUCUUUCCUCCAAGCUAUACAUGUUAAGAUCCUUUAACCUUUCCUGGUAAGUUUUAUACCGCAAUCCAUGAACCAGUUUAGUAGCCCUGUAGCUGUUUUCUUUGAUUGUCCGAUAUUGUACGGAAAUUUAAUUUGAGUCCUUUUGACUGUUAGACGGCAGAUCAUAUAACUGACUAUAAAAUGAAUUAAAGCAUUUGCCUAUCGAUUUUGAAGUAUAAAACUCGUCAGUAUCGUUUCUAAUUUUCAUAAUUUUAUUGUCUGCUACUUUUUCCCUUAGUCUCUGAGUUAGUAUCCUAUCUGCCCUAUUACCCUUACUGUAAUAUUUCAUCUUUAAUUUAUCAAUUUAUUUGACAUUGUUUUCUAAGAUUUUCUGAUUUAUAAGAUUUUGAAUAUUUCUCAGAUGGUCUGAAUUCGCCUUUGAGGGGGAAGAUUUAUUCUUAGAUGCAGCUUUGCCUAAUUCAGCAUUUAAUGACACUAAGUCUAACGUGUUUUUUUUUUUUAUACUGUGAGUUUAGAUUAAUCAAAUUCCUUCUCAGUAGAUUUAAAAGCACACCAAUUAUUAGACGGAGAAGUGUCCUUGGCCUUGUUCUCCUUGAAAAAUAGUUGAUUUGAUUUUUAAGUACCUCUAGAUAUUUAGAAUUAAAUAAUAGGGAAUCAUUAAUCUUCCAGGUAUUAUUGUUAUUAAUUGACCAUUUGUCUUUCAUCGAACACUUAACCAUAUUGUGAUCUGACCAUGUAUUUACGAUUAUUUUGAUAUUUUGUAGAUUAUUUACCGCUAAGGCAUUACCCCAAACAUAUCAAUUCUUGAAUGUGAACAUUGGACUCUUGAAAAAUACGUAAAUUCUUGUAUGCCAGGAUUUAACCCUUUCCACUCAGAUAAAAUGUCAGUGUCGCUCACCAAGUUAUGUCCCUCUGGGUGAGCCGUACGAUCGUCAAACUUGUAUGCUACUCAUAUGUCCCACCAGGUGGGAAAUACAAUCGGAAUGAGAAAAUUUAAAUGUCCCACCCUGUGGAACAGUCAAGGGGAAAGGGAUUAAUGAUCUCCAACAGUUAAAAUAGUCAAACUUCUGUAUAGUACUAGUAAGAGAUUUAGACAUUUUUAUAAGAUUUUCAUUAAUUAUCUUAUAUUUUUAGCUAACUUCUUGUCAUUAUUCGAGUCUAGUACACAAUUAAAAUCCCCUGCAAUGAGGCAAAUGCCGGUUUAUUCCACUUGUUCCAGAAUUUUUUUCAGUGUGACCACUGGAGACAAAUUUGGCAGAUACACGUUAACCAAUGUGUAUUUACUUUAAUUGAUUUUACAUACUAUGAUAAGGUAUCUUCCCUCUGGAUCUGCAUAUUUAUAAAUAAGCUCCAGAAAAAAUAAUUGCUACCCACCGCUUUUUUUUUUUUUAAAUCUUUAAUAGACGCGUAAAUUAGAGUUGGAAUUCCAACUCCUUCCCACUUAAUAUUCUUAUUAGUGCUCCAAUGCGUCUCUUGCAAGAAACCUAUGUGUAUUUUUUUUUCCCUAUUCAAAAGAUUUUAGACCAAUGAUCUUUUUGCUGUCGAGUUAAGGCCCUGAGUAUUCACUGUUAUCAUUCUAACCAUUUUAUUUUCAGGCGAACAGCCCCCAAGAACCAAAUCGAUGUGCUUAUAUAAAAUUUAAUACAAAUACAUUGACCAUAAAACAUAGCCAAUUGAUCAGCUCGACCAACUUGGCCUGAAAUGACCUCCCUCCAACGUUAUGGUUGGUCGGAGUCAUUUUACGAAAUUGGAGUAUAAAAAUUUGAGUAUACCUUCGGUUUUUGUGUCUCACUACUGGACACUAGGUGGGGAAAAGAGAGGGUUCCUGUAUGGCAGGGACACUAAGUCAUUUUAUGGGAUUUAUUCGUAAUUACAUUAAGUCAAGAGGAAUUUCUUACCUACCGCACUCUAUAUUUUCCUUCUUUUCAUAAUAUACGUAUGAAAAAGAGGGACAAAAGAACAAAAAAAACUCCCUCUAAGAAAUUGUCAGUAUACAUAGUUACAAAGCUGAAAAAAAACUUGCGGCCAUCAAGUUCAGCCUUCCUCACAUAUGUUUUUGCUGUUGAUCCAAAAGAAGGCAAAACACCUAGUCUGAAGAGUUUCCAAUUUUGCAACAAACUAGGGAAAAAUUCCUUCUUGACCCCAAAAUAGCAGUCAGAUAUCUACUUGGAUCAAGCAGCUAUUACCCCACUAAUUAGAAAUUAUAUCCCUGUAUGUUGUGUUUUUGCAAGUAUUUAUCCAAUUGCUGUUUAAACAUCUGUAUCAUCUUCUAAAAGUUUUCAAAUGACAUUUUUAUAUACCCCAGCUAUUCUUCAUUCUCUUCCAUGUCUGUUACCUCCAUAUUUACAGAUACAUUCCCUGUUACACAGUACAGUUAAUAAUAUUUCUAUCAUAUACCUGAUACCUCUCUACCCGUAACUGCCACUUACCUACUAUAAUCCAAAUAUAUGUGACUCUUAUGGGUUCAUAUUCCUAUAUUAAUAAGUCAGUAAUAACUGUACGAAAAAAUAUUUAUUUUCAAACAAAGAUCCAUUAUUUCCAUUGUCUCAUCUGUAAUACCAUUAUCCUAAUAUUUAUACUCGUAAGUACCUAUUGCACACUGUUUUCGUUUCUAUUAUAUAAACAAAAACACGAAUUUAAUAAGUUGACUGUACUCCUAUAUAAUUCUAUAAAUCCUUAUUCACCAUUCUUAAUUUAAUAACUUGUUAUCUAGAUUAUUAAACAAAUUACUAAAUAAGAAUCAUUCUUCCAUUCACCUGAGUCAUAAUAAUUCUCUUAAACCCCCCCCCCAAAAAAAACCCCCAAACAAAACAAUAAAAAAAAAAAAAAACUAAAGGGAAAUAAACAGUACCAGCUUCUCUAAUUGUUACAUAACUACUGAGAAUGAUACAAUUGUCAAAUGAGCUUUAUCCAUAUCCAUAUCUAUUCCCACCUUUUUCUAAUAUAAUUACCAUAGUGAUCAGUACUGUUUAUAUCAUUUACACCAUAUACCUAAAACCUCUCUUCUGUUGACUACUAUUCCAACUGCAGGGGUCCACUUUUAUAUAUAACUCCUAUGAAUCUGUGUAUAUUUUCUCUCUGUGAUUAUUGCGUACUUAUUUAUUUAAUACGGCCUAUCAGUAAAAACUUUACUAUUCACCUUUAGCCCUUCUGUACCACCUAUCCUAACUUUAAUAGGUCUACUAUUUUCUAUCAGGACUGUGAUAUAAAAAGUGUAGAAAAACAAAAAAUAAUUCAAGAGUUGAGUGGUGCACUCAAUUCAUUUUAACAAUCUGUGAGGUAUUAAUUUUAGUACUUAGAUCUAAGACAUCCGUUUUAUCCCCGUAAUACCAUUCUCAUAAUUUUGUGCGCUUAGGAAUCUUUUGCUCCCUAUUUACCUGGCUAUUAUCUAUAAAGGAACCUGAAGAUUUACUGAGUUGACUGUACUCCUAAGUGAUUAUGUACUGUUUAUACCUUAGCCCUUUAUAUCCAUAUAUAACACCUAUAGUUCAAUAUCUUAUUAAAGUGAAUUAGUGAACACAUUACUGAGUUAUGGUGAUUCUUACAUGACCCUGGUCACAAUAAUUAUCUAAUAUAUAGCACAGAGAACAAAAAACAAUGAGAAGGAGCCUUAUACUCCUCUUUUUCUCCUUGUCACUCCCCUCUUCAUUCUGACGAUCAUGUAAUAUUAAGAUUUUUUUUUUGCCCAAUUUAAGAGUUUUUCUGGAGUAUCAAAAAUUUCCGUCCUGUCAUUCCAUGUGACCUUUAGCAGUUUGGGAUAUCCCCAUCUAUAGAUAAUAUUAUUUUGUCUCAGCAUGGCUAAUGUGGAGAUAAAUCCUCUUUGCCAAUUUCUGGUUAUAUAUUUGAAAGGUCUUGAAAUAUAAGAAUAUUUUAAAAUUUCUCUAAACACCUUAGCCAUACCCAGGUAAUCCAUAAAUCCUGGACUGGUAGGGGGUCCUUGAGGACUGGGUUGAGAACCUGUGUUCUAGAGCGAUCUUCCAAAUCAUUUAUUUUGGUUUAAGAGAGAUUAUUUUCUUUUCCAUCAUUGUGUUCAUUUCCUGCAGGUGAGUAUAUUGCAUCUCCAUCUUAGCAAAAUUAAGUUCCAUAGCGGUUAAUUUUUCACGUAUGUUUUUUGAUUCUUGUUUUAUUUCUGUCAUACUGGCUGCAAUGUCUUCUCUAAUUUUGUCUGUGAAUUUGUCCAAGUAAUUAGACAGCGUUUCUUCUGUUACACUUGCUUGGACUUGAAUUAAGCUUUCUUUAGACCCACAGCUCUUAGGGGGAUUCGUCCAUUCUCUCUUGUAUCGAUUGAUACUUGUUUUGGGAAGGGGAGAAAAAAAACAGUCUUCCCCUUGCCCUGCCUGCCGUUGACACAGCGUGCUUUAUAUGUCCCUCCGUAUGUCCAAAUAACACCUUUUUAAAUGCAAACAUAGGUUUAGCAAUGGAAAAGAAACUGGCUGUUUGGCUCAAAUCAACCUUAAUUAUUUUGUCAACACACUGAAUAAUAAAAGGUGAUUUUUGUUCCAAUCGGUGCAAUUCAUCGCAUGCACAUUGUAUGAACAUUUCAAAAUUUGAUAAUUGUUAUUCUUAUUCAAGCGUCGAUGUUUUUUGAAUUUCAUAUUUCGCCUUAUUAAUAAGAUGUAAAUCUUUUUUUCCCAUUUAGUUCUUGAUUGAAGCAAAAUAAAAUUAAAAAAUGCCCUUUAGUAUAAGAAUAAAAUGGCAUUGUACCUUGUUAUUGCAGAGAUGAAUGGAAGCCAACAUGAAUGAUCUAGUGGAGGCUAAUCGCAUUAAUGGCAGUCACCCAUUGCUACUCUCCGAUAGUGUUUUUGUUUCCUACCAAACACCGUUCUGUCGUUGAGGUAGCAGAGUAAGAAAGUAGCAGUUCAGUUGGGGCUGACAGGAACAGUGUAUAUGUAGGAACUGUGUAUAUGUAGGCAGGGCCGCCAUCAGGGGUGACAACCAUGAUGGUUGUCACAGGUCCGGCGGUCCUGGGGGGGCCUUGACUGCUCUGGCACUCCCGGGACCCACUUUCCCUCUCUGCACACAUAGUUAGCGAAUAUCACUAUCUAUGUGUGCAGCUGCAGGCCCCCGGCUUCCUGUUACCGCAGUGGGGGCCCAGCACACCACCUCUACUCUUCUCUUCUCCUCUCUUCUAAUAACUCUUGCAAGAGUUAUUAGAAGAGAAGAGAAGAGUAGAGGCAGUGUGCUGGGCCCCCUCUGCGGUAACAGGGAGCCGGGGGGCCCCCCAUGCCACCGGACCACCAGGGAUGGAAUCUCCCCCCUCCCUGGACACAGGUAAGAAGCAGGGAGGGAGGAAUAAUAUUUAAUUUGAUAUAAAAUUAAUGUGAAAAUGCCCCUUCUUCUCUCCCCCUCCCUCCCCCCUAGAUUGCACAUUUACACACACACUGCAUACAGGGCCAGAUUAAGAGCCCUGUGGGCCUGGUGCUGACAAUUAUGAAUGGGCCUAAUUACAGAAUCUUAUCGACCAAAAACACUAAAACAGUCAUGCCUCUCAAGCGUCCUGUAUCUGAUGGAGUUGAUGUUGGAGGGAAACUAAAAGAAUGCAGCUAUAAGAAAACUCAUACUCUAUGCUAAUCUCUUUAUCUAAUUUAUACUUUCACCUUUCAAGUAAAUCCAGCAGUGUUCAGUGAAGCAAGACGUCAAUGGGCAGGGUAAAAGGGUGGACCACUGACGUGAGUCAUGAGACCAGAACUGCCAAAAGAGGCGAACAUGCCCAAAAAGGGGUCAUGUCUGUCCAAAGAAUUGAAAGGCCAGCCUGGCAUCAGUGUCUCAGUAUCCCCAUGUCGCCUAGUCUCCCAGUGUCCCCAUGUCUCAGUGUGUCCUGUGUCACUAGGAUACUAGGGGACACUGAGAGACCCGGGGAUACUGGAAGACAUGGGGGCACUGAGACACAUGUCGACACUGGGAGACAUGGGGGCACUUGUGGAUACACACAUGGGGACACAGACAUUUGGGGACACUGGGAGAAAUGGGGUCACAGACACUAGGGACACAGACAUGGGGACACAGACACUGGGAGACUAGGGGACACUGGGAUACAUUGGGACACUGAGACACUAGGGACACUGGCUGAGAGGCAUGGGGACACAGACACUGGGAGACAUGGGGACACUGACACUAGGGACACUGGCUGGGAGACAUGGGGACACUGAGACACUGGCUGGGAGACAUGGCGACACAGACAUUUUUGGGACACUGGAUGACACGGGGACACUGUGUUCCUAGUUUGUCUGUGUCCCCAUGUUUCUCAGUGUCCCCUACGUCUCCCAGUGUCCCCUAGUGUCUGUGUCCCCAGUGUCCCCAUGUCUCCCUGCUUCCUUCCCCCCCAUCCUUCACAUACCUGAGCUGUAGUCUGUCACUGCAGGUUGGGAGCUGCUUUCUGGACUGUCUGUGCUGUGUAGCUGCUCCCCAGCAGAUCAGUGAGUAGAGAGAGUCAGGGAGAUGCUGUAACUUCCUAUCCCUGCCUCUCUCCAUACACAGUGAUCUCUACUGGCUGGUGCUGGUAUUGCAGAGUAAUCUCCGUUUAUACUGAGAAAAAUAUUUCCAUUUGUAUUGCCGGUAUUACUGCAAUACCGUCAUGGCCAGGCAGCCUCAAAUACCAGCUGUGCCUUAAAAUACCAGUCAGGUGGCAAACCUAAGAGUAGCGUGUUAAAAAAAAUAAAAAAAAUAAUAGUUUUUUUUUUUUUUUAAUGGGCCUAUUCCAUAGGCCUGGGCCUGGAGCUGCAGCUCCAUCAGCCCCUAUGUUAAUCUGGCCCUGACUGCAUACACUAAUACAACACACACUGCAUACACGAACACAACACACACACUGCAUAUACUACCCUGACACACACUGCAUACACUACCCUGAAACACACACUGCAUACACUACCCUGACACACACUCUGCAUUCACUACACUAACACAUUCACUGAAUCCACUACACUUACACACACUCUGCAUUCACUACACUAACACACUCUCUGCAUUCACUACACUAACACACUCUCUGCAUUUACUACACAUUUACACACACUCUGCAUUCACUAAACACUAACACACACUCUGCAUUCAUUACACACUAACACACACUCUGAAUUCACUAUACUAACAUCCUGUAUUCACAGUACUCAAAUUGAAACACUCUGCAUUCACUAUAGACACUACAGACACUGCGUCUAAUACACACACUACAUCCACUAAAGACACUGCAUCCACUAAACACAUUUCAUCUAGUACACACAAACACUACAUCCACUACUCAAACAGUGUUUGUGUGUACUAGAUGAAACACACUCUGUGUUCACUAUACACACUGCAUCUGCUACACAAACACACGCUGCAUUCACUGCACAAACAGUAUCUAAUACACACAAACACUACAUCCAUUACUGAGAGGAUAGUGGAUGCAUGGAAUAGCCUUCCAGCUGAAGUGGUGGAGGUUAACACAGUAAAGGAGUUUAAGCAUGAAGAAGUACCUCUAAUGGUUUUCUGACAAAAGAGUCAGUAUAGGGCCAAAUAUAAAUAUUGCUUUUCUUUAAAAUGGCAGUGUGUUACAUUGGCAGAAAAGAGGGACAGCAUUCAGGCAGCAAAACCACUUCAUUCAGAUGAAGAAUGUCCCUUAGAUUACUGUCUUCACUGAGUAAAAGGUAAGCUAGGAGGUCAAUUUAAAAGCAGUGUUAAUGAAAAUAUACACAAUAAAAUUAAUAUACACAGAUGUUUUAAUAGUUUAAGUAGUCUUUUAUUUUUAACUAAUAUAAAAAAAAUAGUUUUCCUUUAGAACGCAUGUUACUCAGAUUUCACAUUUAUCAUUUUUAAUUUUUAUGUUUGCCAUAAAAACCUUGUUUUUACAUUAAACCAGGCUAUUGAUGCUAAGACACCAAAGGUUGUUUUGACAUCCCACAAGGUUGUAAUGAGACAGUAUUGAUUUCCUCUUCCCAAAUAUUAGCAUUCUUUUUCUGAAUGAGACCCUCCUGUCACGAUACACCACCUCGCUUAGACGUCAUGGUCUUGCUAGACAGAAGCUGACUUUUUAUAGGGUUUGCCAAAGUCUCCCAGUAAUGAAUCUUCCUUCUAUUUAUAAUUUCUUCUUCAUGGUCUCAGUAUUUUAAAAAUCUAAUAUUUGGGGGCAUUGUGUGAUUUAGAAAGCAGAUACAUGCAUGUAAACAUAUGCGUUAGAGUGCUUGUGAUCUAUCAUUUUAUCACCAAUAGCCCCAAGCAUCAAAAACAGAGAAUUAAAGUAGUCUGAGAAUAAGAAAAAGAUCAGAGAAACCUUAAUAGCUUGCCUCUUAAUUAGUCUGUGCUCAAGUGUCAAAAGAUUUAGCUCACUUGCGCCAUUAGCGAGAACCUAUACUAUUUGCAUAUCAGGCUGAUAAUGCCAAUAAGUGCAAUCCAGAUCCAAAAUGGAGGUUCCCUUUGCACAAGUGGUACAGGAACUUCGGGGGUUGUAAUGCUUCAAGGCAAUACACAGAAUGCCACCAUUCCCUGUAGCUUUUCCUGCUGCUUGGUCACCUAGAUACAAGAACUUGCCAAAGUUUGGAAUAAUAUUAAAUAUGGUUAUUAAAACAAUCGUAAGUUUGAAUGUAGAACUUGGUAUUGUAUUUCGAGAGUAACUGUAGAACUUGUUAUAUGUUUAACUGCAAUUCUACAAAGUAUAAUAGGAAAUUGUUGAAUGUUUAGAAAAGAAGAAAUCUAUAGAAUAUGCUAAAAGAAAAAUGUUGUAAAUAUAUAAAUUAAAUUCCAAAACUGUGAGCAGAUUCACUGGGGUAGAAGAGGGAACACAGUGAGCAAAUUCAGUGAGAGGUGAGAGAAGGUACACAAUGAGUGGAUUGGUAAGGUGACUUGUGAGCCAUAGUUUAGCAACUCUUUAAAAUCCAUACUCUAAUGCCUAUAUUUUAUACAUCAAUGAUGAGUACUCUUAAUGACUGUCCCUAGAUGAGUUUUGUACUGGCAAUUGCCAAUAUGACCUUUGUCAAGUUAUGGUAGCCACAGUUACAUUAAAAUCUGUGUUUCCACUAUUUCCUUGUUUAAAAAGACUGCAUACUAUGGUAAUGAUAAAAACCAAUCCCAGCCUCUUCUGUGUAUCACUUUUAUGUCAGCCCUGUUUUGUUUGCAAUACUCUUUUAGAACUCUAUAGCCUGUUGUCACUGUAUAAAUAUGGCGGCGUUUUCAUACCUCUUUUAGACUGCUUGAAUAUACACUACUUACCUACCGUCAUUCAAUCUUUUUAAUUCUCUCUUGUCACAGGUGGAUUCUGUGCACAAUAUGAGCCAUUCGAGAGGUCUACCUGGGCUUCCGCCAUGGCCUAAAGCAUCUGCUAAAGAGCCAUCAGACUUGUAUAAGGUAUGGGUAUUAAGCUGAAAGUGGCCGUUUACAAUACAUACUUCAAUAUCUGUGUUUCCAAGGUGAUAAUCGCUGAGAGGUGCCAACCAAAAUAACACCUUUUCAAAUGCAAACAGGGGUUUAUCAAUGGUAAAGAAAUUAGCUGUUUGGCUCAAAUAAACCUUGAUUAUUUUUCUACACACCUGCUGAAUAAUAAAAUGCAAUUUUUGUUCAAAUCUGUGCGAUUCAUCACAUGCACAUUGUGUGAACAUGUCAAAGUUUGAUAAUUGCUAUUCUUAUUCAAACAUUGAUUUAGUUAUUUGAAUUUCACAUUUUGCCUUAUUAAAGAGAUUAUUAUUUUUUAUUUUCCUAUUUACUUUUUGAUUGAAGCAAAAUAAAAAGUAAAAAUAAAUCACUAUUAUGAGAUUAAAAUGGCAUUGUACCUUGCCAUUGUAUAGAUGCAUGAAAGCCAACAUUAAUAAUCUAGUGAAGCAUUCAGGCUGUGUCUUGCUGGCAGUCACCCAUUGCUACUCUCAGUGUUUUUGUUGCAUACCGAGAAAAGUUCUGGUGUUGCAGUGUGAGAAUGUUGCGGUUCGAUCUGACUGACAGUAGCACCUGUCACAGCCAUGGCUGACUGCAGUGCUUCAAUUUGAUGCUAGGCUACACCAUUAUAUUAUAUAGGGCAGGUUGCAAAGUUUUCUUUACCCAUGAUCAAAAAAAUUUCAAUAAAAAUUCAGUUCAUUAUAGUAAUUCUAAUGCUAGGAUUCCCAUCCCCCACUCCUCCGUCAAGCUGGUUUAGAGUGAUUUUACAAGAAAAUAGGGUUAUCCUCAGGAGCCAUAAUCAGCAAAUCCAUUUAACCUCGGGUGGUAACGACUGGCUGAGAGCUCUGUGUGCGUCUUAGCCCCCGGUUAGUUUUGUUUAAAGCCAUUCAAAACUAUUUAGCACAAACCCGAGAUCGUGACGACCAUUGUCUCUUGGCACCAUAAUAAGAAAGAGAUGCACUGGCUAUGGUGCUUAGAGUGACUGUCUCUUUAAAGGAUUUUGUUUCCUUUUCAGUUAUUUUAGAACUCGGAGUUUCAUUACAGCAACAUUAGCUUUUCAAUAAAUAAAAUCUAAUUUAUUUAUUUUUUUUCUACUGGCUCACAAUCCCCUGAUCAAACGCACAUGGCCAUCACUCCCGGGUGUGCGUGCUUGAUGCAGACUUUUCAGAAUUGCAAAUCAAUGCCCGACGUCCCUGCUUGUAAAGGAACUCAAGCUAAUCUCAAGAUCUGAUGAGGGAAUUUAGUUCCCAACAGUGCUUCCUGUGCAUUAGAACUUCCCCAGCUAAGCAGCAAAUGUAAAUUAUAGAAGGUGUAUUUCCCAGCUGCUGGGGUUUUAUAGCAAACCUGCUUACGUACACACUCCCCGAAGAUCCAUCUAUAAAAUAGUGAAACUUCCAUCAACUGUAUUGCAUUUUUCUUUGAUUUUCAUUAUGGGAACUAUUAAUCUCAAAUGGCGACACUGCAUCAGCGAGAUAACCUCAUUCAUGUUGUAAUUGACUGACGAGGAAUAGCCCACGGCAUGUCCUUACUGAACAUCUGAAAUAAGCAGUAUCUAUAUAUAGGGGAUAUAUCUACCGAUGCUCCUAUUAUAUUACUGAGAAUUCUGCUGCUGCGGGUUAUACAUACUCACUUUAAAAAUGUUUAUAUUUUUUUUAAACAUUGAGUAGUGAAAGUCGUAUUAGAGAUUUAUCCAUUUUCAAUGAAAUCACAAAAAUCUAUGUGUCUCUGAGUUGGAUUUUAAUACAUGUAAAUGUAAUGCCUGUUUAGUUUUGAUUAUUUAUUUAUAUAUAUCUCUAUAUCUCUUACUGGCAUGCACUGUUGUAUGAAAUACCCUGUUCCGCACUCUAUAGGUAUUCAAGUUUGUUUAUCUAACUUGAAGAAAUCUCAUAUUUGUAGUUAUCUCUAAAUUCCCUUAAAAAAUAAAACUCGAAAGAAGGAAAGCAGAUACAUUUGUUCUCUGUCCCCCGAGAGCUGAAUUUUAUUGACUAAGGAUGAAAUGAAACUUUUGGAUGUAAUUUUCUCCGAAUUAGCCAGAUAUACGAGAAGCAGCCACUUGAGAAGAUUUUAAAGCAUAGCGAAGGUGAAGUGAGCUGUGACUUUGAAAAUAGGUAGAAAAAAGGUCUAAUUUGAAAUUAUCAAAGUACUGGGUUUUAUCAGAGCCAGUGUUAGUAGAAUCUUUUUAUUCUUUAAUAUUUCUUUUCUUAUACCUGCUUAUCUUUAUUUGUGUGCAUAGUAUCCUCUAUGGAACAUUAGUACUGCUGGCUCCUUUGCUUCAAAGUAAAUAGUAUAAGGUUCAGCCUAUUAACAUUUUAGUUUAUUUCACAUCAAAAUAUGUUUUUUAUUGUCAGCGGUGCUGAAAUAAAUACACAACUUAGUUGUCUUGUUUUAAAAAAGGAGUGAUUGGUUUAUGAAAUACUGGCCAAAAAUCACACUUGUUUUUAUGAGGCUGCGGAUCAGAGUGGCAAUAUUUAAACAUUAGCCCUUUGCAUAUAUGGUAGGACGUAGUUGCUUUCACUGCAAACCAACACAUGGACUCUUACAAUGCCUACACUAUGUAUAUAGCUAUACAGGUCAGCAGCCACCAGUCUUUCAGUAUAGAAGUCUAGAUUUUACUUUGCAUGGGAAUUUGAGGUUCUUUCUAGUCCGAUCAACUGUACCUUUAACAUGUGCUGUUUGCAAGACGGAAAAAAAACCCCCAAGAACGUACAAUCCAAUAACGCAGGCACUGUGUAAUGUAUGCAGUGAGGGGAAAAAUAUUUGAUCCCCUUCUGAGUUUGCCCACUGACAAAGAAAUGAUCAGUCUAUAAUUUUAAUGGUAGGUGUAUUUUAACAGUGAGAGACAGACUAACAACAAAAAAAUCCAGAAAAACGCAUGUCAAGAAGUUAUAAAUUGAUUUGCAUGUCAAUGAGUGAAAUAAGUAUUUGAUCAAUCAGCAAGAUUUCUGGCUCCCAGCUGUCUUUUAUACAGGUAACGAGCUGAGAUAAGAAGCACUCUCUUAAAGGGAAUGUUCCUAAUCUCAGCCUAUUACCUGUAUAAAAGACACCUGUCCACAGAAGCAAUCAAUCAGAUUCCAAACUCCAGCAUGAAGAAGACCAAAGAGGUGUCCAAGGAUGUCAGGGACAAUAUUGUAGACAUAUGUCGGAAUGGGCUACAAGAAACACAAAAUAACUGUCAGUCUCCCUCGGUCUGGUGCUCCAUGCAAGAUCUCACCUUGUGGAGUUUCAGUGAUCAUGAGAACGUUAAGGAAUCAGCCCAGAACUACACGGGAGGAUCUUGUUAAUGACCUCAAGGCAGCUGGGACCAUAGUCCCCAAGAAAACAAGUGGUAACAUGCUACGCCAUGAUGGACUGAAAUCCUGCAGCACCCACAAGGUCCCCCUGCUCAAGAAAGCACAUGUACAGGCCCGUCUGAAGUUUGCCAGUGAACAUCUGAAUGAUUCAGAGGAGAACUAGGUGAAAGUGUUGUGGUCAGAUGAGACCAAAAUCGAGCUCUUUGGCCUCAACUCGCCUUGUUUGAAGGAGGAGGAAUGCUGCCUAUGACCCCAAGAACACUAUACCCACUGUCAGACAUGGAGGUGGAAACAUUAUGCUUUGGGGAUGUUUUUCUGCUAAGAGGAAAGGACAACUGCACCACAUCAAAGGGACAAUGGACUAGGCCAUGUACUGUCAAAUCUUGGAUGAGAACCUCCUUCCCUCUGCUAGGGCAUUGAAAAUGGGUUGUGGAUGGGUAUUCCAGCAUGACAAUUACCCAAAACACACAGCAAAGGCAACAAAGGAGUGGCUCAAGUAGCACAUUAAGGUCCUGGAGUGGCCUAGCCAGUCUUCAGACCUUAAUCCCAUAGAAAAUCUAUGGGGAUCUGAAGGUUUGAGUUGCCAAACGUCAGCCUCAAAACUUUAAUAACUUGGAGAGGAUCUUCAAAAAGUGGUGGUACAAAAUCACUCCUUAGAUGUGUGCAAACCUGGUGGCCAGCUACAAGAAACGUCUGACUUCUGUGACUGCCAACAAGGGUUUUGCCACCAAGUACUAAUUUUGAAGGGGUCAAAUACUUAUUUCACUCAUUGACAUGGAAAUCAAUUUAGAACUUUUUUGACAUGCGUUUUUCUGGAUUUUUUUUUUUUUUGUUCUUCUGUCUCUCACUGUUAAAAUACACCCACCCUUAAAAUCAUAGACUGAUCAUUUCUUUUGUCAAUGGGCAAAUGUUCAAAAUCAGCAGGGGAUCAAAUACUUUUCUCCCUAAGGUUAUAGAAAUCAGGCAUUUAAUGUUCUGGGAAGCGGCAAGGCUGUCAAAACUGUGCUAUCAGGAAAAAUAUAAUCAUAAAUAGGAAAAUUGGAAAAUUACUAAGGGCAAGAAUCUAGAGAAACAAAGUGGCCUGAAUCACAAGGACUCGGCAGCCAUGCCCUUUCAAUUAUGGCUGUACUGGUUAUCUAGAGCAGUGGUUCCCAAUCCAGUCCUCAAGUACCCCCUAACAGUCCAGGAUUUAGGGAUUAUCCAGUUUUGUCUAAGGUGUUUUUAGAAGAAAUAAAAGAAACAGGGUAAUCCCUAAAUCCUGGACUGGUAGGGGGUAUUUGAGGACUUGGUUCGGAAAAAUUGAUCUAGAAUAAUUUUAUCCACUUAUCCCUUCCCUUUUGUGCUGUAUAAGUGAAUGCAGUCAUAGGAUUUUGUGCCAUUUUCAAAUUUGUAGAACAUCACAAUGGGAGCACAUGCUUCCCUAAUACCCAGAAUAUCAUCUCAUUGUAUUAACCGUGGAGCAAAAAAGGUAUACCUUUCUAAAAUUGUUAAACUUGAGUGGAAUGUUGAGUGCUGUUCAGUUUAAUGCAUGACCUGUGAUGUUUGGAGGAGUCAAAAUAGUAAUAUUUUCCACUGCACAAACAGACCACAACUCUGGACCCCAAAUCUCUCAGGGAUUCAUACCUAUUCUGCCUAGUCUGUUGCAGAUAGGUGGACAAGGGAGGAUAGACUAAUGAAAGGUGUAUUUCCUAAUCCCUUAUGUUGCAGACUUUUAGAUUUUAAUUUAGUUUACACAGGCUGAUCUAGAGAGCUUUUAAUUUCCAAUACAGGGGACUACUCCUCAGAGAUUUUCUUGAAAAUAUGACUUCUGACUCAGUGAUUAGAUACAGCUAGGCCUGGUAGUUGCCAGACACUUGAAAGAAAUUCAGCUAUUAUGUAAUUCAGCAUAAUUUGUAAGCUGUAUUACAUUUAUUAAAAAGUUUAUUAAACAGAAUUAUUCUUUUAAGUUUGAAUUUGAAAAAAGAAGCAGUUUACUGAUGUUGAAGACUGGCCUAGCUAAGGUGGAUGGAAAGUUACUGGGGGCCAGGAUAACUAAAAGUCAGCAGGCAAGAGAUCUGUAGUUUUUGCAAGUUGUUUUAAGAUAAACAUUUAAAGAAAAAAAGCAUAAUAAAAUGCAUACAUGGUUUUUAUUAGGAGUAUAUGUACUAAAUGGUGAUGUAAAAUUAGUUUUUUACUAUUUUUCUAUUUGAGAAGUGGAGUCCAUUUAACCCCUUAAGGACACAUGACAUGUGUGACAUGUCAUUCUCUUUUAUUCCAGAAGUUUGGUCCUUAAGGGGUUAAAGAUGGAUCUAAGAAGCCCAAAUGGAGAUCAUGUUAUAUUAUGCAGGUGGGCAGGGGGCACCAGGCACCUAAUUCUCAUAGGGCACCAGAAACCUUUAUACCAGCCCUGGUUGAUUAGUUUGUUUGCUGUAAUAGAAACAACAUGAAAGAGCAGUUUAAAGUGGUGGCUCUAAACGCCGGAGGGCGGCAUAGAACGUCCCCGCCGUCCAGAGGACUUACUUAUUUUAUUUAUAUAGCGCCAACAAAUUCCAUAGCGCUGUACAAUGGGUGGACUAACACAGUGUUUCCAAACCCAGUCCUCAAGACACACCUACCAGUCCAGGAUUUAGGGGUGACCCAGUUGUGUCUAAGGUGUUUUUUCUAAAAACUCCUUAGCCACUACUAUGUAAUCCCUAAAUCCUGGACUGGUAGGUGUGCCUUGAGUACUGGGUUGGGAAACACUGGACUAACAGACACAUAAUUGAGAUCAGACCACUGGACGUACAGGAACAGAGGGGUAUAUAAUAUAUAUGUGUAAUAUAUAUAUUAAUAUUAAAAUACACUUAGAAUGACGUUAAAUAUAUAUAUAUAUAUAUUCAAUAAAUUUGAAGAAAAAAAUAAAAAAAAUGAUAUACCAGUUUUAAUUUGUUCUUGUAUAUUAAAUUCAAAAUAAAUUUAGAAUGAUGUUCUUUAAAAAUUGUGUGUGUGUGUGUGUAUGUAUGUAUGUAUGUAUAUAUAUACAUAUAUAUAUCACGUGUGUGUGUGUGUGUAUAUAUUUAAAUUCUACUAAUAUAUUUAUAUAAUAUUUUUACAUAGUUAAGUCAUUUUUUAAUUACAAUCUGAGGGACCUGCCCAACAGCCCAGGCAGAAAGUCCAGAGAAUUUGGAUCGCAAGCCCUAUAGUUAACCUUGUAACUUCCCAGGACACCAUAAAACCUGUACAUGGGGGGUACUGUUUUACUCGGAAGACUUCGCUGAACACAAAUAUUAGUGUUUAAAAACAGCAAAACAUAUCACAACGAUGAUAUUGUUAGUGAAAUGCAGUGUUUUGCAUUUUUCACAUCCAAACUGUACUUUCACGGACAAUAUCAAAGAUGUGAUACGUUUUACUGUUUUGAAACACUAAUAUUUGUGUUCAGCAAAGUCUCCUGAGUAUAACAGUACCCCAAUGUACAGGUUUUAUGGUGUUUUCAAAAGUUACUGAGUCAAAUGUAAGGCUUGAAUUUCCUUUUUUUAACAUUGAAAUUUGCCCGAUUUAAUUAUGUUGCCUUUGAGACCGUAUAGUAGCCCAGUAAUGAGAAUUACCCCCAUAAUGGCAUACUAUUUGCAAAAGUAGACAACCCAAGGUAUUGCAAAUGGGGUAUGUCUAGUUUUUUUUAGUAGCCACUUAGUCACAAACACUGGCAAAAAUUAGCGUUCAAAUAUAGCACAUUACAUUUUUCAGUUUAUACACGUUGAAAUUUGCCAGACUAGUUAUGUUGCCUUUGAGACCAAAUGGUAGCCCAGGAAUGAAAAUUACCCCCAUGAUGGCAUACCAUUUGCAAUAGUAGACAACCCAAGGUAUUACAAAUGGGGUAUGUCCAGUCUUUUCUAGUAGCCACCUAGUCAGAAACACUGGCCAAAGUUAGCGUUCAUAUUUGUUUGUACGUGAAAAAUGCAAAAACUAAAUUGACCGCUAACUUUGGCCAGUGUUUGUGACUAAGUGGCUACUAAAAAACACUGGACAUACCCUGGGUUGUCUACUUUUGCAAAUGGAAUGCCAUUUUCAUUCCUGGGCUACCGUACAAUUUCAAAGGCAACAUAACUAGUCUGGCAAAUUUCAAUGUGUAUGAACCGAAAAAUGUAAUGUGCUAUAUUUGAUCCUCUAACUUUCCAAAACACAAUAAAACCUGUACAUUGGGGGUGCUGUUUUACCUGUGAAACAUCGCUGAAUACAAAUAUGUGUACUUUAUUGCAGUUAUAGCUAACAGUAUUAUGACAUUAUCACGGUUAAAAUGCCAUGUAGAACAAAAAAAAUAAUAAAAUAAUAAAAAUGUCUUAAUUUCUAAAAACAAAUUAUAUUUUUUUCAUAUUAAAUUAUGUUUCAUAUACAAAUAUUUGAUGUAACAUGAAAUCUCUGUUUCUCCUGAACAAAAUGAUAUAUAUAAUAAGUGUGGGUGCACAUAAUAUGAAAGAGGUGAAUUAUGGUUGAACAGACAUAUAGCGCAAAUUCAAGGUUUUGUUUUACGUUUUGUUUUGAUUACAACUGCCUCAGUCCUUAAGGGGUUAAAUAGAAUAAUCUGAGUACAGCUAUGGAAUUCAUCUGUAUAUCAAUGGAUUAAAACUCAUCUCUUCAUUGAAUGAAGGAAAUAGUGUUUUAGUAAAUUAUUCAUUGAGACCAACUUGAUGUUUAGUUCGCCUAGUAAAUGGAAUUGGCAAGCUAUUGUUCACAAGAACUGCAGUGCUUGGGGUAGCAGCUCAAAUGUAGUUUCAUUAUUAAUGCAUUGCAGACGCUGCUGGCAGUGGAGGGGGCUUAGUAAGGCUGCUGUCAGAGAUGAUCUCACGUUUGCACUACACCACACAAACAAUUCUUUGGAGAGAAGGAUCAUCUGCAAAGUUAGAUGCGUGAAGAGAGUGAGAAGAAUUGCAGAUACUGUCAUGGGAAGAGCAUAAAUAAACUAAACUGAGUAAAUAGGGAAAAAAAACAGCUAGGAUAGUAAAUAUAAUACUUUCAUUGGUUUACUGAGGAUACACAAACAUACAAUACUGCUUAUUGUCUUAUACAUGACAUGCAGAAGGCCACGGGGGCUCUGGGCCUACUGGACCUCCCCCUGAACUCCAUCAAUCCACCAGUGCCACCAGCAGGGCCCACACGCCACGUCAGAAGGGACACAGCCAGCACUCCAGAGUUCGUUCCGCGACGGCCUCCCGCAGAAACCUAUGCAGCAGCCACCACCUGAACCAGAGCUGAACUCCACAGCAUAUUUAACAGGACACUCUCCCACCAUAUACAGCUAAUUUUACAAAUUCUGCUAGAAUGUUGAGACUUUACUUUUUGUUUUUUUUAUGUUUUACACAUCAGACCAAGCCACUGACAUGGCACAGACCUACCCGACAGCCAGCUGACCAAUACCCCCCUCCCCCUCUGCGCCUCAGGGUAAUCCAGGCACAUACAACUGCAGCACAACAGCUUAGCCUAGCAAUGGCUCAUAAAACCCUCUCUUGACGUCCCACCCAGAGGUAGCACCCGUCAAGCCCGGCUAAUCCUCUCUCCCCUACAGGUUUAUGCAGUAAUGGUUUUAAUUUCUUUGUAGUUAAUAAGUUUAAAUUUUAUUUUGACACCAGCCAAGUACCUGCACAAAAACAACCCAGGUCACCUCAGUGAAAUGCUAUCACUCCGGGGUUGACGCAGCCGACUACACACACCUACACGAUCACCCCACUUAUUAGAAAAAUGUGCACUGACACCCGUGCUGAAAAGCUACGAUAUAUUUACCGUAAAGCAAACACCUCCUGUUGUGAUAUGUUGAGCUGCUUUAUAAAAUACUUUCUGAGUACACAAACGUAAAGAAUUGAUAAAAGGUAUAUGCACAGUCAAUCUAAGCACACCCGACCAUCCUAUAUUUCCAUAUUUUAAUGUAUUACACAUGCACUGUGCUUCUCAACUAUUUUUAUUAUUUUUAAUUAUUACUCAAUCUCAUCCCAUAUUAGAGCUUCUGUUUCUCCUAAGUUCUCACAGAUUCAUGUACCAAACAGGCAUUGUUAUUAACUACUUGAGAUGAACAAAAAAAAGAGGCAAUUUUUCCUUGGAGCCUACUUGAUUGCAUUAAUUGUUCAUGUGCCAACAGCUCCUAAUGCGAUUUUAUGUUGUAUAAUACUCAAAAGCCUCAGUAAAAUAAAGUAUACAAAAAACAUCAAACUAUAGAUUAUCAACGGGUGCAAAUACCCACAUGUGUUUCUCAAACCAUGGCCAUAGCUAACUCUUCAUUCAUAUAAGAGUAUGACAAGUCAGUAUUGUUGACUUGUAACGCCUAACAUGGAGGCAACAUAACAUCUCAUGGACAUUUUUUUGAGGUUAAAGGUAGGGUUAUUACCUGCUCCAUGUUUUCAGGUACACCUAUAAUUUUGUCAUAUUUAUGAAAACACAUGAAAAGUAUGACCUUCAGUAUGUAUAAUAUAUAUUCUGCAGGAUUCUACAUGCCUAAUUACUUAAAGGAACACUAUAGUGUGUAUUUCUGACACUACAGGUAUGAUAACACAUUUGCCACCUGUUUACCCCCCUUUUUCACACGUUGAGUCAGUCUCCCCACAGCUGGCCGUACCCAUGCUCCACCUCCUUGGCUGAGAGCAUCAGUAUUAAUUAUCUCAGCCAAUCCAGGCUAUUGCACAUGCACGGCAAGAUGAUGCUCUGCACCAAACAGGGUUUCCUCAUAGAGAUGCAUUGAAUCAAUGCAUCUCUAUGAGGAACGUUCAAUGCCUCCAUGCAGGGAGGGGGAAACGCUGAGUUGUCCCCCACUCUGUUUCUGCCCUGUCCUUCCCCCCCCACUCAUUUCGGCCCUAAGAUCCCCUCACUCUUCUUCUGCUCUGCACCUCCACCCUUUCUCUACUUCUGCCCUGCUGCAAACAUAAAAAUAUCACAUGUAUGUGUCUAUUUAUGUCAGUGUGUGUGUGUGUGUGUGUAUCUGUGUGUCAAGGUGUGUGUAUGUGUCACUGUGUUUAUAUAUGUGUUAAUGUGUAUGUAUAUCUGUGUUAGUAUAUAUGUGCAUACAUCCCAGCAACUAAAAACUUGCAAACACAUCCGUGAUUUCAAACUCCAAAAUUAUAUAUAUAUAUACACACAUACAUACACACCCCUUCACUCAAACACCAAUAUAAUACACAAAUGUACAUCCACAUUUAAAACACACUACAUCCAAACACACCCUGAAUGAAAAUAUUAUAUACAAACACCACCCUUGUAUUAAAACUAGACAUGUGCAAUUUGUUCUGGCAAUUUGGACAUUGGGAUGCUUCCGAAUUGCUGAAUUUCAGAAGUGCCGAACCGAAUUGCCGAAGUGACAAACUGCCGAAGUGCUCUGGAUUUCUGAAAAGUGGCAAAACAGGAGAGGGAAGGAAAAUUAAGGGAAUGAUGACUGGAAUCUAGCCCUAACCCUACUCUUAACCCUACCCCCCGCCUAGCCCCCAUCCCCAACUCUAACCCUACCCUUUGCCCUAGUAGGGUUAGGGAAUUCCCGAAGUGCCGAAUUUCGGAAGUCCCGAACCGAACCCAGUUGCCGAAGUGCCAAAGUGCAUGGAUUUCUGAAAAGUGGCAAAACAGGAGAUGGAGGGAAAAUGAAGGUAAUUAUGACAGGAAUCUAACCCUACCUCUAACCCUAACCUAACCCUACCCCUAACCCUAGUUAGGUUAGGAGUAAGGGUAGGGGUAGGGUUAGGGAAUUCCCAAAGUGCCGAAUUUUGGAAGUACCGAACUGAAUUGCCGAAGUCCCAAACUGCUGAAGUUCCGAAUUCCGAAGUGCCGAACCGAACCAAAUUUUUUUGCCCAUGCACAUCCCUAAUUAAAACGCUAACAUUAUAUGCAAACACCAAGUCUACUCACGCAUAUACACUAGCAUUUAAAAGUCAACACUACAUACAAGUACUCCACUGCAUUUCAAUGGUAACCUACAAAUAUACCUCUACAUGCACACACCUACUCUAUACAAAAACAGGCUGACAUUCAAACGCACAAACACUGCUAACAAACCCAACCCUGCAAGGAUUGCCAAAUGGUAUAUCCCCAACUUGCAUAGCAUCAUGGGUGUUGUACGACAGAUGGGGAUCUAUCUUUUCACCACUCUUGCGUUAUGGGGGCGGGAGGGGUCUAGGGGACCCAAACAAACGCUUGCCCAGGGUUAAAUCAAUAUUAAAGACUGCUCUGGUCUUUGCACAAGGCAAAUAGUUAGCAGUACCUAUUAAACACUAGAUAACCGUUGUUAAGUAGCAAGCGCAUUCUUUCCACCUUUAUUUUAUUGUUGUGUAAAAGGAAGAGUUUAAAUAGGUUACAACAUAUUUUCUAUGAAACACAUUAUGAAAACCAUUGUUUUUUGUGUUAGUCACAAUGCAAGCUAAAAAUCAGAUAAUAAAUUUGUAGCACACACAACAGGAAAAUAAUACUUUGUAAGUAAAAUAUACAGCAUACUGCAGAACCAGUUAGAAAAUAACAUACAGUUUAAACUGUAGAGAUAAUGUGUUUUGGCAGUAGAUAUGUACUAAGCUGGAAGAAUUACAUGGUUAUUUACUAGAGUGAGAAUUCAAAGUUAACUUCAAAUUUAAGGAAAAAAUAACUGAAUUAAAAGUGUAGCUGAGUGAGAAAUCUUUUUCCACUCUGUCUAUUUUAUCUUUACAUUUGAAAUUUACCUUAAAUUCUUACUUUAGCCAAUAACCCUGUAUGUGGUCUCCAAGGCUGAGCUACAAACAGAUGUCCACUGUGAACAUAAGUGAUGGCUGUUCAGUAUGGUCUGAUGCAGGGCUGGUGCAAGGAUUUUUGCCGCCCUAAGCAAAUGUAAAGUUUACCGCCCCCCCAUGUGACAUCACAAUGCCCCACCCAUAUGAUCUGCCAUGUUAACUAACGCCAGUGCUGCAGUGCCGCCGUGUUUACAUUAAAAGGCCUGCAGGGACAGGCUAUAGACACCAGAGCCGCUACAUUAAGCUGCAGUGGUUCUGGGGACUAUAGUGUUUCUUUAAUGUGAGGUAAAUUAGAGCUUAGUGCCACGAAUAAUAUACUAGAUUGCCUACUUACAACUAGAUGAGGAUGAUGAUGGGCUUUAGCUGCAGUCUGGCUCCACUGGUCUGGUGUAGAACAGGCUCUCUGGAGGCGGUUUGUAACUGUGGUCACAAAAAUCAAUGUUCUGGGAGAACGGGAAGCAGCUCCAUUUUUUGGGGGGGCUCUUUACACAGCUCAAGGUCUGGGUCCCAGGGUCCACCUUCAUGUUCCACCAAUGAGUUUGUUCACAGGGGGUGGAGUGUGUAGGGGAUGUCCUGAUAUGUGUGUAAGGAAUGCAUUGUGUGAAUCUGUGUUUGUAUGUGUAAGGGCUGCAAGGUGUGUUUCUGUGUAUGUACGGGAUGCAGUGUGUGCGUCUGUAUUGAGUGUGUGUAAGGGGUGCAUUGUGUGUUUCUGUGUGUGUAAGGGAUGCAUUCCCCCCCUCCCUGUCAAUUUUUUUCUCCCCCCUCCCUGUCAAUUUCUUUCUCUCCCCCUUGUCAAUUUAUUCCACCCCUCCCUGUCAAUUUAUUUCUCCCUCCCCUACCUCUGUUGUAGCGUGGCCGAGCCCUGUAUGGUCCGCGGGUACAGGGAGCUUUUGUUUCCUGUACCCGGCCGGACUAAAAGGAAGUGCACACUCCGUGUUAGUCCGGCCGGGUACAGGAGACAGAUGCUCCCUGUACCCGCGGACCAUACAGGGCUCGGCCACGCUACAGUGAGGGAGUGACAGGAGGGAGCGCUGAGCGCUGCCCUCCUGUCAGCCCCUCUCCUCAUGCUGCGCCCGGGCGGUGCGCCCUCAUGGACACACGAGCCCAGGCAAAGCUGCAGCCGCCUGAGGCUCUCUACAGAGCGCUCGGGCGGCUGCAGCAUGAGGGGGGUCGGCGCUCCUGGCGGCGCCCCUUGGGAAGUGCCAGCCCUGGUCUGAUGCACUAAAGACACCACCAUAUCUCUGAAGGCGAGCAGCCAUACCUAAAAACAAUUUUACUGCAGGUAUGAAAGAUGUAUACAUAAUUCAUGUACUGUAUUUAUUUAACAGAAAAUGUUAAAACAUAGACUUACCUAACCUCUAAACCAGUGCUUACAUCUUUUUUUCCAUGUGGGUGCUGCAGUAUUUUAAUACCCAGUUCCAGUCUAUCCGCACUCCACCUGCCCUCUUCUUUAAGUUCCACUGUUUGGGGACAUGUCCCCAAACAUGAUGCAGAAACGGUGGCUUCAAUGGCAUAAUGACGAUGCUGGACAGGAGGGACACUACAAAUAAAUACUACUAUUAUUAUUAUUAUUAUUAUUGGUAUUUAUAUAGCGCCAACUAAUUCAGCAGUGCUUUACAAUAUUAUCUGUGUCAAUUUUGUGCAAACUAGACAUCGGUUGGUUGAAAGUGCUUGGCUAAGACACCCCUAGUACUCUCAACUACUCACUGCUGUUCAUAUUUUAUGAAAUUGACAAUGAUAAUGCAUACAUUUUAUAUUAUCUGCAUUAUCAUUGUUGCCAAAGUGGGGGCGGUCCCUCGUUGCAAGGGAGGCCCUUGGUAUGUAUCAAGUCCAGAUAAUUUAAUUUUCAAACAUUUAUUUUCCUGUGUAACUUUCCAAAACUCCAUAAAACCUGUACAUGGGGGAACUGUUGUAUUUGUGAGAAAUCACUGAACACAAAUAGGAGUGUUUUAGAGCUGUAAAAUAUAUAAUGACAAUGAUAUCAUCGUUCAAACGUCAGUUUUUUUUGUUUUUUUUUUGUGUGAAUUGCAAAAAAACAAACCAAUAUGAACACUGACUUUGGCCAGGUGUGCGACUAAAUGGCUAUUAAAAACACUGUACAUACCACAUUUUGAAUACCCUGUGUUGUCUACUUUUGCAAAUGUUAUGCCUUGAUGGGGUUUAUAUUUAUUCCUGGGCUGCCAUACGGUUUCAAAGGCAACAUAGCUCCAGCAAACCUAUUUGGCAAAGUUCAAUGUGUAAAAACGUAAAUAGGCAAGCUCUUUAUUUGACCCUGUAACCUUCCAAAACCCCAUGGAACGUGUACAUGGGGGACAUCAUUGUCCUUGUGGGACAUUACAUCAUACAAAUAUGUGAAUUAAAAGAAUAUUAUGACAUUCACAGUUAAAAUGCUGUGCAGAAGUUUGAAAAUAGCUACUCUUUUAGAUCUUAUACAUAUUGAACAAUUUUUCACAUAUAAAUAUUUUAUGUGAAAUGAAAGCCUUAUUUCUCCUAAACAAAAUUAUAUAUAAUAAGUGUGAGUGCACUUAAUAUAAAAUAGGUAAAUUAUGGUUGAACAACAUACAGCUCAAAUUCUAGGUUUUAUUUGGUUUUGUGCAGAUCUUGUACAAUUGCCUCCGUCCCUAAGGGGUUAAAUCGAGGCCAUAAUGAGUGACAGAGUGGGUAGAUGAGAGCAUGGUUAAGUAGAGAAUUUGAAAUGACAAGAUGAAAUACAUUCUACUUUAUAUCUGACACGGCGCCCGGUUAAUAAUUUGAUCCUGCAUGUUCUGUUCUUCAAGGUUCUUUAUUAAAAUGCUAUUAUUUAUGUUUUUGUAUAUACUCCUGAGAAAUGGUCCCUCUCUUGACUUGACGUCAGUAGCUGAGACGUGGAUGCAGUACGCAUAUAUAAAUACUUAAAAUCAAUUAUGAUUAAUGAGUUAAAUAGGAUAUUCUAAGAUGUUAAUAUAUGUAUACACAUGGUUACAUACUUCCAAAUCAUCAACUAAUCUAUUUGUAUUCUUGUAAAAUAAGUACACUAGCUAAAAAUAUAUUUAGAUUUGCUUUUAUGUAUUACAAAUAAUGUAUGCAAUUGCAGGCAGCUGCAGCUGCAUUAAUUCUACAGUUUGUAGAUUUCCCUGUGUAUUUGUUAUAAAGAAUUAACAAUGGUUGGUUCAUUUUGUGUUUUUCUGUAACUCAUUAUGCUCUUAAUAACAUGGUAAAAAAUGCAGAAUUGCUAUUAAUUUGCUAUUCGGCAUACAAAUAAUAACAACGUCAUGACAGCUGAUGACAUCUGUCAUGAUAUAAGGUGCCUUGUGUAAACUUUGUCAUAAAGGAGUUUAGUGUCAGGGAGAGCAAACGUCCUCGUUUCUGCAAGAGGGACUUCAGAAAUCGCAUGUAGAAAGGGCAAAGGGGGGCGGACCCGUCAGGAAAAGAAUUGAUUGGCCAACCAGAUGUAGAUGUACACCAGGCUUUCUCUUAAACCCACAGGCCAAUCCACACGCAGGGAGAACUGUCUAAUUGCUUUCUGCAGGGUCCUAGUGCCCUAAGCGUAAAGCGAGCGGGUCUAACAAUGAACUUGUGCUUCCCUUGUAGGAGAUAGUUCCCUGGUGUCCCCAAAAGUGGGGAACAUUUAAUUACACCAGUGAGCACUAUAUAUUUUAUUUCUGAUUUCACAUAUACUAUCUGCUCACCACAAGCUGGUGAUCCCCCAAGGUGGGGUGGAUACCUGACCUACUGUUUCCAGUUAAAGGUUCUGUGCACUCAGGGCCGGCGUGUCCAUAAGGCGGCACAGGCAAUCUUUUUUACUUGUUUGCAGACACACUAGCUUGGCUCCUACUCAAUAUAUGCGAAUGCCCAUCAGUUAUCUACUACUUAGACGACUUUCUCAGAAUCAAAGUCCCACAUAACACGCAAAAAAUGGCACUUUUCUCAUCUAUAAUGGUUCUGAUCUCGCAGGAGAAAAUUGUAGGGCCUUCCACCAAUUUAGUUUUCCUGGGGAUUCAACUGGAUACAGUUACACAACAAGCUUGGAAUCGUUUCUAGCCAAGAACAAGUGUACCAGGUCUGAGCUUCAGUACUUAUUUGGUACAUUGAACUUCCCCCUGAUAACAGUACCAUAACAUUGGACGUACAUGCCAUAGCUGAUCUGAACACGUGGCUCAGGUUUCUGUCCCACUGGAAUGAUAAAGCUAUUUUUAUACACCACAUCUCAAAACAUUUUCCCAUAAUCUGGACCGAUGCAGCAGCCCACACUGGCUUUUCUUAAUUGAUGAGUCAAUAUCUUUGAUAUGUUAAUGGCCAUUAGCCUUGUUCCAGUAUCAUAUCCAAAGGAAAAAAAAACAUUAUUUUUACCCACAGGAUAAUAAUUAAGCCUCAUUUUUAUUAUUUUUGGAAUGUGACAAGUGCCAUCUUCUAAACAAGCCUAAACUUGAGUGGCAUAACUUAACCAUUGGGGAAGGAAUUGUGAUGUCCGCCAUAUUGGGUCGCAAGUAAGAAGUAUGACAUGUCUAUGGAAUGGGAAAUAAUAACAAAAUAGUAGAUGCAAUUAUUAUUUAUGUGGCAGGUACAUAAGAGAAGAUUGUUUCCAUUUAGAUUGAUGUGGGUCUGGACACAAGGGGGUAGUCACUUAGUAUCGAUACACCUUAACUCCACCUCUGGGUAAGACAUGGUAAUCCACAGGGUAUAUCUCUAAUGAUCCUGAAGGGUGCAUGGUACUUAAGUGAAGGGCAGAAUCUAAUUCUAAGUGAGUCACCAUCUUUCCUGCCAUAGACCCCCCUGAGUAAGUGAUUAGGACUUUCUGUUAUUUUAUCUCUUUUGUUUUUAUCUGUUGUUGGUGUAAAUAAUUUAACAUCUAAUUUUUUUGUAUGCACUUUGACUAUUUUUUGCUUAUAAUAAAUAUUCCUUAUUAAGUUCUGCCUUUGUCUGGUUAAAAAUCACGUUACCUGAAGAAACUAAUUAGUAUUUUUGCAAUUGCUUAGAUAUUGUGCUAAGUCAUAUUUGGAGGGUUUUUAUUAUUACGUUUAUCUGGGGGACUAAGUCACCCCAUUUAUGAAUUGUCUUAGUGAUGCAGCGUUAAAAUAGUACGUUAUAUUAUUAUGUUUCACCACCACAACUACGUCAAGCACACAAUUGGUAUAUCAUGUCAUGGAUAAACAUGCCUAACUUUCAUAUGAUCCACAUAAUGCGAUGUAUCAGGCUCACACUUGACACUCAUUGUUUAUGCCAAAACUAUGUAUCUAUGUCACCAGAUGCAACAGUUAAAAGCUAACCCUUAAUAGCUGAGAAACGGAUUAGCAGUUCUCUGCUGGGAGCUGGCGUGUUGUAUUAAUUGUGAAGUUAAUUAGAGCAGCUGGCUCAUUACAGGCUUCUAUAUUUAAAGAGAUGAAUCCACAACUAAUCUUGAUAUUAGCCAGUCUGCUCUGUACCAAUUGCCUCUGCAGUAGAUCUAGUUUUAAUUAGAUUGACACAGAUGCCCUUUUUAUGCCAAAAUAAAACUAUACCUGGUAUUGUUACUUGUUUCUGGCAAAAAAGGUUGACAAUAAAAGUAUAUUUUUUGCUCACCUGUGCAAAGGCGGUAACUGAUUUCAUCUCAUGGUAUGAAAGUAAAAAAGAUAUCUCGUUGAUCAGUAGGAUCCCUUUAAAUGUCUGAUCCAGUUCUCUGGUAAACAAUUAAGAAACUGCUUUCUUUAGGGAAAUGAAGAAGUUAAUCUAUCAAAAGUAGAAUUGCCCACAGAAAACUUGAGGUGCAUAGGUCCUGCACGUUUACAUAUACAUUAUAUAUGAGGAAAAUAAACUCAUUUCUUUUACAGUUAUAAGCUCAAAUGCUCAUUGAAUCUCCAUAAUUUACUUAUUCAGAUGAAUAUAUCAAAGUAGAACAUUGUUAUACCUGCGGUGGUUCCUUAUCCCUUUGUGGAAUGAAUUGUUGAAUAUUAACGAGCUAUGCAGAGCAUCAUAAGUUUGCCAGUAGCACAUUUAGACUGGCAAAGUUGGGUUUCUCCUUCAUCCGUGAGGUUGAGGGCAAAGACAGCAUCAUGUAAUAGAUACACAGGGGAGCACACAUCUCUGACAAGAUAAUAAGAGUGGUGGGCCUUAUAUAGGUAAUGAAUAAAUAAAUGAAUCAAAGGGACAGUUAAGGGGAUAACCCUAUAUGGAUAAAUACCGAGAAAAGAGAGAACAGUACUGUCCCCGUUCAAUAUCAGAAAUGGUCUCAGAAAUUAGUGGAUUAAAAGGAUCUUUUAUUAAUUGAAUUCUCAACACACGCACUGAUAACAGUAAAAUCAGUGGUCAUCGCUGCCCCAGUGAUGGAUAACUGAGGCAGAAACAAAUGACUCAAACUAGUAAGUACUAAGUGAGGACUAUAUAUAGACGGGAAGUGAAAAGGACAGAGAGUAUAUACAAAAAGAAAAGACUGGAGCACAGGUUACUGCGAACAGUGUAGUAGAUAGCUCCCUAAGCAAGAUUGCUAUAUGCACUAUGUAAUGAGUAUAGACCUGAAAGUGACAGAGUAACUUAUUGUCGGUUACUAGUGUUAAACAUGAUCUACACGCAUUGAUGCAAUAUGUGCAGCACACCUUGGAGUUUCAGAGGAGUGUCUGAUGGUUAAAUAGAGUGGCUAGUUUUUACACUGUAUCUCUGCCGUCUCGUUCUAUCUACGGUACUUGCACAAGACACCGAAAACCGGUGUAGUGAAUGGGACCCAAGGCAAGGUUCACUUUGUAAUCUGUAUAGACCAGAGAGACACAGGGUAAAUUAUUGUCAGUUACCAGUGUUAGUCAUGAUCUAAGCGCCAUGGUCCAAUAAGUGCAACACACCAUAGAAUACAAAAGGGGUGGCUAAAAUAGCUGAUUAGUGCAAUAAAUUAGUACCGUGUCGUAAUGUCAGCGACCCACCCGGACAUUAAAAGUAACGAGUAGGGGUUUAAUACGGCAGUCCGAUACGUGCAGUCCACCAAAGUAAUGCCCCAAAGAGAGGGGGGCUAUUGUGGUCUGCUAUUUAGUACCGGAGAGGUUUAUAAGAAAACAGAUAGGUGCCCCAUACAAACAAACAAAUACAUGUGAACAGACUAGUCAAAGCCUAGCAGAAUCUCCCGGUUGGAUGUGGGAUGUCUGGAUAGCACAAUUACUACAAUACAAAGGUAGUGUCCUUUGGUUAACAGGUAUAAAGAUAGUAAAUGUAGACCCUAAGCUGUGCCUUCGAGGGCACCUAUGUCUAAUAAGAGGGUCUAAAAUAACUAUCUCAUAACUAUCUAUAAACGGAGCAGAAAGUGCCCUAAUCUGUGCCUUCAAGGGCACCUGUCGGUAGUGCUAAUAGUACUAGGCUAGGCUAGGUCUGUAGAGAGUCUAAAUCUUUAAUGGACUGUAGUCUGAUGAUCCAGCUGCAGUCUAAUAGGUCCAAGAAUCCUAGGUGUACCGGAGGCGGCUAAGGGUAAGGUAGCACACCAAAUAUCGUCAGAUCACACCUAAUCGGAUCAGUGUCUAGAGCUCCUAGACAUAGGUGCCCUCGAAGGCACAGCUUAGGGUCUACAUUUACUAUCUUUAUACCUGUUAACCAAAGGACACUACCUUUGUAUUGUAGUAAUUGUGCUAUCCAGACAUCCCACAUCCAACCGGGAGAUUCUGCUAGGCUUUGACUAGUCUGUUCACAUGUAUUUGUUUGUUUGUAUGGGGCACCUAUCUGUUUUCUUAUAUACCUCUCCGGUACUAAAUAGCAGACCACAAUAGCCCCCCUCUCUUUGGGGCAUUACUUUGGUGGACUGCACGUAUCGGACUGCCGUAUUAAACCCCUACUCGUUACUUUUAAUGUCCGGGUGGGUCGCUGACAUUACGACACGGCACUAAUUUAUUGCAUUAAUCAGCUAUUUUAGCCACCCCUUUUGUAUUCUAUGGUGUGUUGCACUUAUUGGACCAUGGCGCUUAGAUCAUGACUAACACCGGUAACUGACAAUAAUUUACCCUGUGUCUCUCUGGUCUAUACAGAUUACAAAGUGAACCUUGCCUUGGGUCCCAUUCACUACACCGGUUUUCGGUGUCUUGUGCAAGUACCGUAGAUAGAACGAGACGGCAGAGAUACAGUGUAAAAACUAGCCACUCUAUUUAACCAUCAGACACUCCUCUGAAACUCCAAGGUGUGCUGCACAUAUUGCAUCAAUGCGUGUAGAUCAUGUUUAACACUAGUAACCGACAAUAAGUUACUCUGUCACUUUCAGGUCUAUACUCAUAACAUAGUGCAUAUAGCAAUCUUGCUUAGGGAGCUAUCUACUACACUGUUCGCAGUAACCUGUGCUCCAGUCUUUUCUUUUUGUAUAUACUCUCUGUCCUUUUCACUUCCCGUCUGUAUAUAGUCCUCACUUAGUACUUACUAGUUUGAGUCAUUUGUUUCUGCCUCAGUUAUCCAUCACUGGGGCAGCGAUGACCACUGAUUUUACUGUUAUCAGUGCGUGUGUUGAGAAUUCAAUUAAUAAAAGAUCCUUUUAAUCCACUAAUUUCUGAGACCAUUUCUGAUAUUGAACGGGGACAGUACUGUUCUCUCUUUUCUCCACAUCUCUGACAAUGUCAUUAGAAGAGAAAUUAUGCAUUUUUACAUACAUUAACGCUUGAAAUUAUGAGGUUUAGAAGAAACUGCUGUUUGAUUAAUGACAGCUAAGCUCUAUUGAUGAUCAUAAUGCAUGUUUUACAGUCUUUAUACUUAAACACAUUUUUUUUAAUUACCAGAUAUAUGUAGCCUAAAACAAAACAUUGCCACAUAUAGAAAAUAAAAUUGUAAGUGUUAGAUGAUUCAACUCAUUGAAGAUGGAGACCUUCCUCUCACAAUAUAUAUCAGUUUCUGGUGGAAAAUAAGCACUUAAGGAAAAAAGAACACUAACAUUAAGAGGAUCUAUCAUUUUAUAGUGUUUUGCCUUAUGGUAAUAACUUUUAAGAUUCUUUACGCUCUUGGUUUUGUUUUUUUUACCUUUAACGUAAUAAAUUUUUAUGUAAAGGAGGUUUUUGUAUUUUUUUUUUUUUUGUUAGAGCAAUAUUCCAUUUUACAGUAAAUGUUCGUAACAAUUACAGUUAACCUGCUAGUAUUGAGGUUAACCACCACCUCUCUGUAAAACACAUAGAAAUACAUGUGAAAAGUGUUGGUUUUGGUAGAAUUACAAUUUUCAGGCAGGAAAAGGUAAUACUUGUGAAUUUUGGAGGGACAGGGGGAUAUACGAGGAAGGGAGAAAUGGAGAAGAGUUGGAAUGAUUAAAAACAGGAGCUAUGGGUAGAAUGCUGUCAAGGUGGAGUAGUGGGGUUAGCGUAGAGAGAAUCCAUGAGGGAAGAUUGUCCUGCACUUGGGAAGUGGGGUGAGUUGGCUGCUGGUUGUCUCCCAGGAAUGCCAGUGCUAAUAAGUGCCACUAAACAGCAUUAUGGGUCCCCAGGCAAAGCAGUGCACCGAGGCCCUGCCUACACAGCCACUUACAGGAAUAAAAAUGUAAAUUAUUGAUAAAACUAAGCUGCUGAAUACACACACACAGACUGAUAAAUGUAUACAAACGGUUUAAUACACACACACACACACACAGACUGCUGAAUACAUGCAGACUGCUAAAUACAUACACACAGAUAGCAGUGGGGGGUGCUGUAUGUAUGUGGAGGGGUGUUCAGUGUGUAUGAGGGGUUCAGUGUGUGUGAGGGGUUUAGUGUGUGUGUGUGAGAGUGGUUCAGUAGGGGUGCAGUGUGUGAGAGGGGUGCUGUGUGUGUGUAUGUGAUCGGUGCAGUGUGUGGGGGAUGCAUAGAGAUAAGGGUUUUUUGUUUUUUCUUAUUUUUACUUAAAUGUUAAAAAAAGUUUAAUGUCCCCCACUCCUUCUUCUUACCUUUGGUGAAGGAGGAGGGGCACUGCUGUGAGUACUAUAGAGCUAUAGCCUGCAGCUCCUCUGACUACGGGCUGCUUUCUCUCCUCCAACAAGCAGAAUGCUGUGUCGGAUCAGCAUGCGCACAGGAGGAGAGCGCUGACUCCCAGGUCCUACCUCCCUCCCUCUCACUAACGAAGGGCCUUUGGGCCAGUGAGGGAGAUCUUUGAUCUCCUCACCAACCCGAGAGGGCCCAAAGCAAGUGAGCAGAGCUGACUCUAUGUGGGCCAGCAGGGGAUAUCAAAGGAUUUCCCCUGUCAGCCUGUGCACAUGGGCAAUGCUGUCUGGACCCUAUACUUGUGGGGCUCCCAUGCAAGUGCCUAGUCUGCCCAUGUGGAAAGACGGCACAGGUGCUUAUGGUGUAGUACAUGGCUAGGUAGGGUUAGUAUAGGUGGGGAGAAUAUCUGUGUAAUAAUUUUGGAUACAUGCAGUAGUUUUCCUUUGUGAAAACCUUUGCUUUUUGUCUUCUUGUCAAGUUUUGCCAACACUAUAUAUUAAUUACAGGAAUACUCCAAACACCAUAAACACUAUGGUAUGCUCUCAGCCACCAAAAGAGACAGAAGCUCAUUAGCUCUCCUGAGCUAAGUCCUACACACCCCUGAGUUAGCUCUGUCAGAGAGCUUCCAGUUUUCCUGUGGGAUGUGGUGGAGACAGGAAGCAGUGCACAGUAGACCCCUUGUUUCAUUACUUACUUGACUAUGUACAGUGAUUUGACAACUUAAAUUGGGUUGGCACUCCUGGCACCAUAACUACUACAGCAGUUAUGGUGCUUGGAGUGUUCCUCUGAUGUGUUUAUCCUUAGCACCAUUUAUUUCCUCUCACUAAUCCUUGUGAAGUUGCCAGAAUGUACCAACCUCCAACAAAUCAGUAUAAGUGGAGAUCAGUUUUCUACAAUCAGCUUAAGUAAUUAGGAAGCUAAGAUGGUUGUGUUAAAAUUACAGAUAGUCAUUGAAGAAGGUUUCAGGUGUUGCAGCACCUGCAAGGUGGACUCAGUGCAUCAUGUCCCUGGGUGGCUGACUCGCCUGCUGUAUGUGCUGCUCAUGCCUCUGUCUCCUAUGUCCCCGGUCUCUUCCGGUAUUUGGCCUGACACCAGCAGCUGCUAAAAGGCCUUGCCUUCCUGGGUCUGAUAACUGAUGUGAACAUAUGUGCAUCAACGCACAGCCAUUGCACAUGCACGUUAUGGCGUCAUGUGACAGGGACUCAUCAAUUAUGGCUCUGCCGAGGCUAUAUAAACUCGUUUGGUUGUUCCUGUGCCCUUUUGUGGUUUCCCUAGUGUUUAUCCGAGUUUCCUAUUGCUAUUUCUUGAAUAUUUUGACCUCGGCUUGUUUAUUGACUAUUCUCCUUUCUUUCCUUUUUCCUGAACCUUGGCUUGUCUUAUUGAUUUUCAUAUGCUCUGUUUUCCUGAUCUCGGCCACCUGUCUAUUAUUAUUCUAUUUAUGUUAUAGAUUAUAAAUAGAAUAGGGCCACUCUAAGGCCCGGUGAUACAUUUUAGUAUUCAGGUUUAUUAUAUUAAUUUGUUUGUUCACUUCCGUCCUGCGUGUUGGGUAUAGCCUUCCUGACAUCAAGUGAGUCUGAGAUUUGUACUCUUACCCCAAUCAUAAAGUAAAAAAAAAAAAAAGCUGUAAUGCUUAGAUAACAAUGUCACAAUAUAAAAGUAGGCAAUCACCCAUGAGGUGUGUGCUGUAGCAGUACAUAUACUUUGCAACUCUUGCUGUAACAUUCAGAUGAAAGAUUGUAUGUCUUGAUAUAAAGUUCAAUGGAUCUUUGACUUACUAUCAUACUCCUCAGCUUAAACAUCCCACGCACAUUUCUCAGCAUAUCACAGCAAGUAGAAUAUGGUGAUUUAUAGUCUUCUUAAGUCUUGUCUUUUUUUUUUUCUUUUUUCUUUUUUCUUUUUUCACCCCCCUCCCCGCAAAGCUUCUGUCUAAAGGUUUGAAGCUUUAUAUGACAUAUUUAGUACAGUGGCUUCAAAGAAGGGAUUAUGUUAUUAGUUUACAUUUUCGGUUUUUUUACACUGCAAAGUGAAGAUGCUUUGCUGUUCACUAAUUACUUUUAGUAUAAAGAGGAACACUUGCUUUGUAUUAUGUGCAUGUUUAUUAAGUUAAAUAUGCGAUAUGUUUUGUAUUCUGCAUUCUAAAAUUAGAAAAAAGCAAUUUUCUCUAAAUUGGUGUCUGGUGGUCUAUAGAAGGCUGUUUUAGAAGACAAAGAACAUUAUUGCUGUUACAAAAUCAGUAAUGACUGUUAAAAUAUGUUGAGGGUCUAGACCAAGCAUGUCAAACUCAAAGUCUAGCACGGGCCAAAUAAACAAGGUUUAAGUUUAUGUGGGCCGCAAAAAAAAACCCCUUAAAUUUUCAUAGAAAAGUAGGUUUUAUUUUGUAAAAGUACAGUAUAAACCCCCACCCCCAGCAUCUCCCUCUUUUAAACCACAGCACCCCCCUCUACUAAAUCCCAGUCCCCCCCCCAUAUACUAAAUCCCUGCACCCCGCUCUAGCAAACAAGCAGACUCCACUCACAUGGACGCUGCCAGAAUGUGACUCUGGAGUCCCCAAAUGGCGCCGUCUGCACCCUGUGCCAAAUCUGAUCCUCCCGCUACUUCUUGAAACCCUGUGAAGGUGGAGCAUGUCGAUGUCACGUCGGAAUGUGACGUGGCGUUGCAUGCCUCCAUGCACCUCCAGGUACUCCACUGUCCAGUCGCAGCCAAUGCAACACUGACCAACACACACACACUCACUGACACACACUCAUACUGACAGACACACACACUCAGACAGACACUCACAGACAGACACACACACUCAUUGUAAAAAAAAAAACAGCUCAAAGCACUUUUGCAACAGACUAGGAAAUAAAUUCCCUCUUGACCCCAGAAUGGCAGUCAGAAUUAUCCUUGGAUCUCAGAAGCUAUUACCCUACAGUUGAAAAAUGUAUAUAAUUUGAAUAUUCUGUUUUUGCAGGGGAUUAAGGUUCAGGAAUGCAGUGAAAUGUUUGACAGAGAGAGGUAACAAAAAUAGUGAAAACUUAGUUGCCAACAUUUGAAAAAUAAAAUGUCCACUUUAUGGCAAAUAUGCACAUGGAUACAUGCAAAAAGAUACACAUACACACUGACACACAGAUACAUUCAGUGACAGUGAUUCUGACAAACUGACACACACUGAAAUAAAUAAAAAAAACACAUAUUUCUAGCAAUCUGCCUGUGGUUUCUGGCUUGGCUGUUAUGGAAUGAAGUACAGGUCCGGGUACUCAGUUUUGCUGUCUAAGCAGAAUCUUGAGAUCUAUGAAAUUCAAACCCAGUAAAGAGAGGUACAGAGACAAAGUAGACUACUUUGUCUCAAUAUAUUUCAUGUACCUGACUUUCUUACUUACUGGGCAGAGUUACAGUGUCAAUCCUGAAAGCUAUCAGUGAUGGCUGCAGGGAAUUGGCUCUGUCUGUGGAGACAGAGUACAGCAAUGACAUUGGCUCCUGGGGUGCUGAAGCAAACUGGCCCAAGGAAGAUUUUCUGCAUCCACGAGAGACGGGUUCAAGUAAGUAAAUCUUACAUUUACCACCCCUCCCAGCCACUGGACCACCAGUGAGUGUGUCAUCUUCGGGGGUCUUGGAAAUUUGGCAAAGUCCCUAGACAGUGAUAUUGCUGCUUUAAAUAUUUUUUUAAAAGAUAUGAAAUAAAUUUUAAAUUGUACGCAGAUUUGAGAGCAGUAGGUAGUUACAGAUAACGUUCAAUAAAAAAGAUACGUUGCAUUCCUACUGGUUCUAUUUUGUAUAGGAAAUUGCAUAUUUGAAAUCUUUAAGUGGAUGUGUUUGGAUUUCUUAAAUAUACUCUGAAAUCCCUUCUUUCUCAAGAGAUUUAUUUAUUUAUUUAUUUAUUUAUUUUUGUGAAACCGUCAUCCUUUAUUUUUAAUAUUAUUUUCUUUGUUUAAAAAUAAGGUUUGUGGCAUCGGACACAGACUAACAUUAAAUUUAGAAAUACACACCAUGUCAAUGUUGCUGGCCAACGUGGCAGACCUAGCCUGAAGGAAUUGGAUGAAAUUGGUUGAACGCAAGACCAGCCCACUACGGACUGACCAUGCAGAGAGUGCUAUUACAGUACUCUCUGCAUGGUCCUAGUGCCCUAAGUGUGCUCAUGCUAUGUUUCCCAGGGGGCAGUUCCUUAGUGUCUCGAAGAACAGGACACCAUGGAAUAAACUCAAGACGUUGGGAAAAGAUCCUGAAAUAGUCUGUCAAGCUCAAAACAUAUCAAAACUGGAUAGCCUUCAAAAGUACAGAGGACGAAAAUAAGAAAGAAUGGGGGAAAUUUUAUCAAUAGUGUUGUUCUAAAAAAUGCUUUAAAGUACUAAAUUGUGGAGAUUACCAUAGAAACAGGAAAUUAGCAGCCCAUUCCAUUGGUGACUCCUCCACUUUACAAUUUUGCAGCACAUUUUAGAAUAGUACACUUUGAUUAUUCUCCCUCACUAUUUGUUUGUUAAUAUUUUUAAAAGAUAAUGGAGCCUCACAUGAAAUAAAAUGUAUGGGUGAUAUUCAACGACUUAUUCACACCUGAUGGAUAUAUUCCUUUGGUAUAGAUCACCUCUUUUCAAGCAACGUAGCCUGAAUUCCUUAAUAGCUAUUCACCAAUGUUCAAGAUAGCUGUCAUACAUUGUCAGUUUGAGCCUAUAAUUCUCACAUUGGUUUGUUUAGAAUACUGACAAAAUGUGACCAUUAUCUAUAAUCUAACAUGGAGAAGCAAUGUGUAGUAUUUGUUUCAUUGCUUUAUAAACACUGGAUCAGGCCUAAUUAUAUUAGGCGGGUCUCCGACUAAUGCUACAUUGUUUACUCAAUGGGCUCUGCAUUAGAGACCUGCAUGACUCUGGGGAGAAUAUAGUUAAGGUGUUUUGCAGAAUCUAUGAUGAUAUAUUAAACCACAUUUGAAGAAUGGAUGGCCAAGCUAACGUACGUUAUUUUAGUGCCUGUCACAUGUAUUUGUUUAUUUGCUGGUAGCUGUAACAAUAAAUCUACAGCGCAAAAUAUAUAAUUAUUUGUUGUUGACAUUUAUUUUAUUUUUUUUCCCCAGCUGGUCUUGAAGCACAGUCACUAUCCCCCACUAAUGCAAAGCACAUCAUGGACUCUGGCAGCUCCAUUUAAAGAACAACGUUAUCACCGCAACCCUAGCAACUCUAUAGCAAAUAACUAUACGCCCACCGCACGGGAUCUAAAACUCAGUAAACUUUCUGUAAAGCUGUCUUCUCCCAGAGCAAGUACAGGCAAGAUUUCAUCUCGAUCGAAACCACUAUUGCGUAUCCUUUAUGAUAUUAACAUUUUUAUUACAAGGGAUAUAUUUUAUAUAAUUAUUUUCAAUAUAAUAACUGUUUUAUUCCACCUAUAAUGUUCAUUUGUAUGUGUUAAGGAAAUUGGAUUGCGUGUAGUGUGUGUGAAUGUAGGUGUAUGUAAUUCUUAAUUAGUUUUUGUCUUUCUUGGAUUUUCACAUCCACCUAAAUUGUAUAUUCCUCUCUCAUAUCAGGUAUAUCUCCUCACUUAUGCCUCUCCCUGUGCCCCAUUUGCCACCCUCUCCAUCUCUACUCUACUUACAUCUUUCCUACUCAUUUCCACAUCUUAUGUUACCAUCACCACUGUCCCCCUUCUUGUUCUCCCCCUCACUUCUCUCCAAGCCGCUUAUGUCUCUCACCUGAAAUCUUUCUAA